AUGGCCAGAAAAAAGGUGAAACUCGCAUUCAUAGUCAAUGAUGCUGCAAGGAAGGCGUCAUAUAAGAAAAGAGUGAAGGGUCUGUUGAAGAAGGUGAAUGAACUCACCACCCUCUGUGGCAUUGAAGCCUGUGCUAUAAUUUAUAGUCAAUAUGAUCCUAAACUAGUGGUUUGGCCUUCCCCAUUUGGGGUCCACAGGGUACUGUCCAAGUUCAGGACAAUGCCUGAAUUGGAGCAAACCAAGAAGAUGGUGAACCAAGAGACUUACCUGAAUCAAAGAAUUGCGAAGGCUAAAGAGCAGUUGAAGAAACAGAUGAAGGAUAACAGGGAGAAUGAAAUGAACCUGCUUAUGAUUCAGAGCCUUAGUGCAAUGGAGAUUCUGCAUAAUAAUAUGACCCUGGAUGAUUUGAAUGAUCUUUCAUGGUUGAUUGACCAGAACUUGAAGAAUGUUGAUCGAAGGUUGGAAACACUGAAUAAGAAUGCUGAUAUCUCUACAAGCCAACCCCAAAUGGCAGCACCAAUAGCCAUGAAUGAAGAAGUGACACUGGUGGAUCAAGUCCAUGGGUUGGAUAUGAAUGCUGACACCAUGCAAAAGCAAGGGUUUGUGAACUUGAUCAAUGGUAAUGGGGAUGGAACAAUGCCAUCCGGAGAUGCCAAUCUCCAAAAUGGCUUUUGA